AUGCAGGCGGUUGCCGUUCCGGGGCCGGAACGCGGUAAGCGGGGCCCUGCGGGCACCCGGACCCAGAGCUGAGACACCGGUGGUGGCGGAGGAGGAGAUGAGCCGCCAUGUCUGAGAGCAGCAAGGGCGGCCCGCUGGCCUUUGGCCAGGUUGUGAUCGGGCCUCCAGGCUCCGGCAAGACGACCUACUGCCAUGGCAUGCAGGAGUUCAUGGGCAGGAUUGGGCGCAAGGUGGCUGUGGUGAACCUGGACCCAGCCAACGAGGGGAUGCCCUAUUCCUGUGCUGUGGACAUCUCUGAGCUCAUCACCCUGUCUGACGUGAUGGAGAACUUGAAGCUGGGGCCCAACGGGGGGCUCAUCUACUGCAUGGAGUACCUGGAGGCCAAUUUCGACUGGCUGCAGGAGAAGCUGGCUGCCUUCAGAGGUCACUACUACCUGUUUGACUGCCCGGGCCAGGUGGAGCUCUACACCCACCACGACGCCCUGAAGAACGUCUUUGCACAGUUGGCCAAGUGGAAUUUCAGGCUGGCUGCAGUACAUCUGGUGGAUUCUCACUACUGCACAGACCCUGGCAAGUUCAUCUCCGUGCUCUGCACCUCGCUCUCUACCAUGCUGCAUGUGGAGCUGCCCCACGUGAACGUCCUCUCCAAGAUGGACCUGAUUGAGCAGUAUGGCAAGCUGGCUUUCAACCUGGAUUAUUACACAGAGGUCUUGGACCUCUCUUACCUGGUUGACCAUUUAGCUUCUGACCCCUUCUUCAGAAACUACCGCCGCCUCAAUGCGAAGCUGGUGGAGGUGAUUGAGGACUACAGCCUGGUGUCCUUCGUUCCGCUCAACGUCCAGGAUAAGGACAGCAUGCGGCAGGUGAUGCAGGCAGUGGACAAAGCCAACGGCUGUUCCUUUGGGGACCAGGAGCACAGAAGCCUGGAAGCUCUGAUGUCGGCAGCAGUGGGAGCAGAUUUCCACUUUACUUCCACCCUUGCAGUGCAGGAGAAGUAUGUGCAAUCUCAGGACAAGACGGUGGAAGAAGAAGUGAUGGAUAUGUAACACACCCAGCUCCGCCGCAGCCGCGCUCUGCUUCGGCAGCUCUCCUUUUGCUGCUGAGAGUUUAAGGGACUCUGUGCUGUGUGACUCAGAGCAAGUGAAAGUCUCUCCAGGCAGAGGUCUGCCUGCUGCGCUGCCUCACUGUGGGAAUUGGAGCUCAGCAGUGGAAUGGAUGGGCUCUGGCUGAGGACGAAGCAAGUUGGGUCUUCUUGGGGCGAGAGAGAGCUGGGUGGGGGUUGUGAGAGAAGAGAAGCAAGGGAGACUGAGCUUUGCCACGUCUCCUUUUCCCCAGUGAGCCCAAGGUAGAUGUGGGGAAAGAAAAAUCGGCUUGUUUCUUCUCUAGUGAGACUUGAGACGUGAGUUCUUGGUUUACUUCCUAGGAGGUGUACGUGGCCCUCGUACUCGGCUAGGAAGCCUCCAGUCUGUCUCAAGGAGGACAGAGAGAAGGUUGUUUUUCUUUUUUUUAAAUAAUGAUGGACUCUUUCUUAAUAAAACACUUUGUCUCGCUUUCA